AUGGAUGCAAUCAAAGCUCUAUCCUCUUUUCAAGUUGAUGUGAAGAUUAUGAGUGCUAAAAACAUCCAAGUUUCCAACUCCAAAGACUACUUGUUUGUUAGAUGCUACCUUUCGGUUGGAAAUAACAAAAGGGUGCGUUUAGAGAGUCACGCAAUCCCUCCAAAUGAAAAAAUCUGUUGGAAUGAGUCAUUCUCUUUGGAUUGCAUAGCGACACAAUCCAUAGACGCGAUCAUUCAGGGAACUGUGGUUUUUGAACUCCGUUCCAGGAGUAGUAAAACUCCUUUGUUACAGAAGUUCAUUGGAGGUAAUGCAAACGUUCGUGGGUCACAACUCCUUGGAAGAGGUGAAGUCUCAUGGAGAAGUGUUUUCGAGUCCCAAAACAUGGAAGCGGAGAGGUGGCUAGUGAUGAGAUCGAAGAAAGCUGACAUUAAAGCGCCUUCUAUUUGUGUAAGUAUGAAGAUUCAAAACCCACAGGUGAAAAAUGAAACAAAGACGAAAACUUUUGGCAAGUUGAAGAAUAAGCGGGAUGAAAGCUGUGGUUGCUCACAUGGUCACUGUUGUGAAACUUCGUGCAUUGAUAGUGAGCUUUUUGCCAUAGGAUUUGCCUUGGAUGCUUUUUAA